AUGUUGACAUGCAUAAAAACUACACUUCCCCAAAGCUGUCACAGAGCGCUCCCGCCUCCCAUUGGCUGGCCGCUCCAGCCGCAGCCCCAGAGAAUGAAUGAAAUUGAAAUAGCUGCUACAUUACAUGUACAAUACCGGGCUCUGCAGUGUUGCAUUCUAUCAUACUAUAUCAAAAUGGCCACAGCGGUACAGAACCCCCUCAAAUCGCAAUCUGGAGGUGCAGUCAUCAAGAACAGUCUUGGAGAGGAGUUUUAUAAGGAGGCCAUCGAACACUGUCGCAGCUACAAUGCCCGUCUGUGUGCAGAGCGCUCCAUGCGGCUCCCUUUCCUGGACUCCCAGACUGGGGUGGCCCAGAGCAACUGCUACAUCUGGAUGGAGAAGAACCACCGUGGACCAGGUCACGCUCCGGGCCAGUUGUACACAUACCCCGCUCGCUGCUGGCGCAAGAAGAGACGGCUAAACAUCUUGGAGGACCCGCGGCUUGUACCGAUCGAGUUCAAGAUAGACUACGAGGCAUCUUUAAAGAAGGAGGGGGGGAUCCCAGACGGUCCCGUGCUGGAGUCGCUGCUUGCUGGGGAAACCCUGGACAAGAAAGUAGAAACCAAGGAAGAAGAGCCCAUGAGCGAGUGUCAGGCCUAUGGUGUUGGGGGCAUGAGAAAGAGACAAGAGCUGCCUGCCAUUGAAGACAGAGACAAGCCUUAUGUCUGUGACAUCUGCGGGAAGCGCUAUAAGAACCGCCCAGGGCUGAGUUACCACUACACUCACACACACCUGGCAGAUGAGGAGGGUGAAGAAGACUCAGAGCGACACACGCUACCCUUCCAACGCAAGAACAACCACAAGCCCAAGAAAGCAGCGGAUGGCUCAGUCAUUGCCAACGGCUACUGCGACUUUUGCCUCGGAGGCUCAAAGAAGACCGGCUGUCCUGAAGACCUUAUUUCCUGUGCGGACUGUGGACGCUCAGGCCACCCGUCCUGUCUGCAGUUCACAGUGAACAUGACAGCUGCGGUGAGGACUUAUCGCUGGCAGUGCAUCGAGUGCAAGUCCUGCAGCCUGUGUGGCACCUCUGAGAACGACGACCAGCUGUUGUUCUGUGACGAUUGUGACAGAGGCUAUCACAUGUACUGUCUGAGCCCUCCGAUGUCUGAGCCGCCAGAGGGGAGCUGGAGCUGUCAUCUGUGUCUAAGACAACUGAAGGAGAAGGCCUCAGCCUACAUCACCCUCACUUAAUCUGCUGAGCUGCGCCUCUUCCUCUUGGCCCUUCAUCCUCUCCCAAAACCACUUCUCCGUAACCCCCCUCACUGUGCCUCAGAGGCUACCCCCCGCCCCUCCUCUUCUGAUCUGCUCGCCGCUACUCUCUCUACGUUCUGUCCCCGUGACCUUUGACACGACUGAGCACACAGCAACCACGGCGAUGCAUAUUCCCGAAACGUCUUUCCAGUGGCGAGCCAACCUCCGCCCCGUUUAUUUAUUUAUUUUGGUCACUCGAAUUCCCUGUUGUGCUUGACCUGAACCCCCCCUCCCUUCAUUCUUGCUCUGUCUCAACAGAGGAAUUCAUCAGCUGGCAAUAAGUUUGCUAGCAAGACACACACUUCAGCCUGCCAAGGGCACUUCUGAGGCAUACUACUCCACAGGAACCCUCAUAAGGGCCCUCGGAUGAGCCCUAAUGAUCUUCAGCUGCAACUCAGUCAAGUAGUGAGCGAGAAUUAAUAAGAUGGAUAGGUGUUAGGCAGAGGACAGGGCAUUGAAGACCCUGGAUAACCAUGGAGCAGUAUGUUUCAGUGUUAGUCAACUGUGAAAUAUACACCCAAUCAAAAUUUCAUUUACUCCCUCUGUCCUUUACCGUGCACGGCAGAGCUGAGACACUGAACUCUGCUCCAUUAUUUGUCUGCAGGGUUUCCUGCUCCAUGCAGUUUUUUAAAGGCAGAGUGAAUUGUACAGAAUUUCGACUGAUUCUCCAUCUACGCGCUCAUAAAACCUCACCCUCGCCGGACACGUUGGAGUCUCUGGUCAGGAACUCAGACCAUCUUUGACCUCACCCUGUCCUCUCUCGUUGCAUGGGGUUUUUCCACAAAAUUAAUGAUGCAUUUUGGGAUUGACACCGGUGGUUUUUAGUGUGCGGAUGUGAUCCUCUGAUUAAAGGAGAGAAGGAUUUUUCUCUUAAUCAACUAUCUCUGAUCAAACGAUGUAUUUAAAAAAUACAAUUUAGGCUUAGCGUCCCUCACAAAUCCUUUACCUGACCUUUGUUCGCCCUUUCCCUCGAUGAAACAAUGACUGUGAAGCCAAUGCGAGACUAAAACGCUCCUGGUGCUUGGUGUGUAUUAUCUGUGUGUUAAGAAUGUAGGAUCAAUGUGUGGACAAUGCAGAUCUUUGUCUGGCCUAUGCGGAGGCCAAAAAAACGUAUUUUUUAAUGAUUCCUUUUUUUAAAAUUUCUUUUUCAUUCGCAUGUUGUUGUUUCAGUUGUUUUUUCAAAACUUGUAAUUGAAAUUGAAGAGAAAGCACACUUAAUUCGCAAUAAUGUGUUUGUAAUAUGAACUCUUUUGGCCAAACUGGGUGUGUGUGAGUGUGUAUGUGUGUGUGUGCAUGUCUGUUUGUGGGACUUUAUUUGAAAACUACAAUAAUUGUAGCCAUUUCCAAGCUAGGCCGGAUCUGUGCGAGGAUCUGAGUAGCAGAGGUCAAGUGGAUGCAAGGAAAGUCGGCAUUUUCUCGUCCAGGUAUUCUGACAGAGUGAAGACAAAAAGAAAGUGUUAAAGGAAUUGUUUCAUCAUUUCACCGUGGCUUAUAUGCCAGAGUGCAUCUUGAAGUGACUCUGGAAAGUAUGGAAGAAAUGAAUAGUAUGGCACAUAACCCACACUGAAGAUCAUCAUUUUUAUCAUUUACAACCUUUUGUUUUAUAUUACACGUUAAUCCAUAAGCAUUAGAGGUGCUGGUAGCCAGGAUGAGAGGUGAAACAUCUUCAAAAAAUGUAAAGAAGUCCAGCCACCCUUGAUUCAAGGGUCUUAGACUAACAUGACCUGGUUGAGUGAAACCCUACACAGACAUACGGCCAGGAAAACUGUUUCUUACAGUGGCCCUGAGAGGUCAAAUGUACUGUAGCUAAGAAAAAUAACACCAACAAAUACUAAAAUUCUGUAAUAGCACACAAAACAAAACUGAUGAUGAAUAAAACACAAUAGAAAUAGAAAAAUACAUCCAUCCAUUUUCUUCCGCUU